GGAUCAGGGGGAGCGGUUUGCACUGCACAUGGUUGGUUCAGACCUUCUCGCAUCUCCCCGAAGAUGCUGAUGAAGGCACCAUUUCGAGGUACGCAAGGCGUACCUCUUAUAUAUGAUAGGAGCUUUAUUGCUUACCGAUAAAACAAACAACCAAAUACAGCUUCUAUACUUGACUUUACUUGACGACCCAUGGGAGCGCAUCGCCGAGUAUAGCUGGGGCUCCGCAACCCUAGGAGACCUGUACAGGAGGCUAUGUGGUGCUGCCGAUAAGAACGUCAAGGAGAUUGCAUUUAAUUCUAAUUCGUUGUUGUUGAAUUACAUACUAAUUACAUUUCCAAUGUUCAGCUGUGGGCGUGGGAGCAUAUUCUUAUCGGCCAACCUUACAGAACCGUUGGUCAUGGUGAUGCUGCUCCUCCGCAACAACCCCCACCAGAUGCUGCAUAUGGUUCAAGGUGAAGUUUUGCACGCCGGACACGCAAGCACACCGGGACCGGUCUCGAAUUCUAUCGAGAUCAGUUAGACUUGCUACGAUCCAACCAGAAAUAUUUUAGUACUCAUUAACAUUAGUGCAAUUUAAUUAACACAUUACUUAGAUUUUCAUAACAUGUAUUUUAGUUUUUGUGGGACCCGUACCCUGCGGAAGCCUACGCAGCUGUACCCGAGCACUCGGGGAUUCAUUCAGGUACGUGGAGGGCUUCUAUGCCACUCAUAUGCUUCGACAUUGUCGAAGUACAUCUACUAGAGCGCGUACUGCGCCAAUAUGGGUUGGUACAGGGCAUUCCGCCGCCAUGUGACACUGAACCCGAGCUGUACCUGAUUUCGCGCAAAAAUCAGGAUACGGCAAACUGGAUGGAGAUCAACUGGCGCCACAUCGCUCAUUGGGAUCGUAGACUAGAGCUGCUGGCCCAAGCUGCGUCGAUCAAUGUUCAUGGCGCACCUACUACACCAGACUACUUGCCGUGGUUCCUCUGCAUCACUCGCCGAUGGAUGACACCGCGUGGCAUCAUCGCAGCAGCACAUUACGCACCUGCUGCUCCUACGAUGACCCAAUUCGCACAAGGUACGACAGCAGUGAUGCGGUACAGCCACGAGGAGCCGGUAAGGGAGAUUGCGCAAGGCAUGCUCGUCGGCACGCAGUUCCAGCACUUCAUACCGGAAGUCGCUGCAGAGUCCUCACCGGCUAUCGCCCAUACGCACGUCUCAUCUCUUGCUUAUGACUAUCAUUUGGAGGAGAUGGACCUUUCAUACCCUGUUGACAUUGCGGGGACCUCGCAGGCUGAGCCAUCACAGCCAUCACGAAGGAACAAGUUACAUAAUGACCCUGAAAUUUUGACUUUUUCACAUGGUAGCAAACGUUUUUUAAUUCUUAUUCGCAUGGUUAUCCUGAACUUUUAA